AUGCAGACGAGAGGCAGUGCGUUCGGCCAGGCCCAUCCAGUGCAGACGAGAGGCAGUGCAAUCUGCCAGGCCCAUCAAGUGCAGAUGAGAGGCAGUGCAAUCUGCCAGGCCCAUCAAGUGCAGAUGAGAGGCAGUGCGUUCGGCCAGGCCCAUCAAGUGCAGAUGAGAGGCAGUGCGUUCGGCCAGGACCAUAAAGUGCAGAUGAGAGGCAGUGCGUUCGGCCAGGCCCAUCAACUGCGGACGAGAGGCAGUGCGUUCGGACAGGCCCACCAAGUGAAAGAGGCAGCCCAUCAAGUGCAGACGAGAGGUAGUGCGUUCGGCCAGGCCCAUCAAGUGCAGACGAGAGGCAGUGCGUUCGGCCAGGCCCAUCAAGUGCAGACGAGAGGCAGUGCGAUCGGCCAGGCCCAUCAAGUGCAGACGAGAGGCAGUGCGUUCGGCCAGGCCCAUCAAGUACAGACGAGAGGCAGUGCGUUCGGCCAGGCCCAUCAAGUGCAGACGAGAGGCAGUGCGGUCGGCCAGGCCCAUCAAGUGCAGACGAGAGGCAGUGCGUUCAGCCAGGCCCAUCUAGUGCAGACGAGAGGCAGUGCGUACGGCCAGGCCCAUCAAGUGCAGACGAGAGGCAGUGCGUUCAGCCAGGCCCAUCAAGUACAGACGAGAGGCAGUGCGUUCGGCCAGGCCCAUCAAGUGCAAACGAGAGGCAGUGCGUUCAGCCAGGCCCAUCUAGUGCAGACGAGAGGCAGUGCGAACGGCCAGGCUCAUCUAGUGCAGACGAGAGGCAGUGCGUUCGGCCAGGACAAUCAAGUGCAGACGAGAGGCAGUGCGUUCGGCCAGGACAAUCAAGUGCUGACUAGAGGCAGUGCGUUCGGCCAGGACAAUCAAGUGCUGACUAGAGGCAGUGCGUUCGGCCAGGCCAAUCAAGUGCAGACGAGGGGCAGUGCGUUCGGUCACGCCCAUCAAGUGCAGACGAGAGGCAGUGCGUUCGGCCAGGCCCAUCAAGUGCAGACGAGAGGCAGUGCGUUCGGCCGCGCCCAUCAAGUGCAGACGAAAGGCAGUGCGUUCGGCUAG